CGCCCUCGUGCGGGUAUUGCCAAAAGAGGAAACCCCGCGAGCGCCCAAACUCGCGGGGAUGCCCCUGCUCCCCCAGCCUCCUUCCACCAGGUCAACUCGCGCACGGCCUCAGGCACAGCAACACGGCGCGCACGCGCGCAGCCAGACCCCAUGGCAAAGGCCCAGCGCGCAAACCCAGCCGACGAAGACACCGUGGGCCUGGGCGCAGCGACGAACUCACGGCAGGCGUGAACCACGAGCGGACGGCGCGGACGGCUGAACGGCUGGCGGG